CUCAAAUCAAAACAUACUCUUGGGAUAAUGCCCAAGUUAUCUUGGUUGGGAACAAAUGUGACAUGGAAGAUGAGCGGGUCAUCUCAACUGAGAGAGGCCAGCAUUUAGGAGAACAGCUUGGGUUUGAGUUUUUUGAAACAAGUGCCAAGGAUAACAUUAAUGUCAAGCAAACAUUUGAGCGCCUUGUGGAUAUCAUCUGUGACAAAAUGUCAGAGAGCUUGGAGACCGACCCAGCCAUCACUGCCGCUAAGCAGAGUACAAGACUCAAGGAAACCCCUCCUCCACAACAGCCCAACUGUGGCUGUUAAUGGCACCCCAUCCACAGAGGCAACACCUGGGGGCUCUAGUUGCCAAGAAACAGCAUUUAUAAAUGGUCUAUUAUCCUUUACUUAUACUGCCUGAUAAUUAUUUGAAGGAAGUCUUUGAUGUCUAUGGCCCAUACAUGCAUUCAAAUCUUGGGAGAUUUCCUGUGUUACUAUGUGGCACAUAUGUGAUCUUAUAUUUGUAAGGACUACCCAUCUAUAAACAUCUGGUACUUGCAUGUGACUU